UCUAUGGAAGGAUAUCUCGACCCCGGCCUAUAUGGGCCGAAUAGACCUCGCAUAAGUAUGCGGUGGAAGUACUGCGCCUGUGCGUGGCGAUAUAAUGACGUGGGACAUCGCAAAGCACUGAGUGCACCGUUGUGGUUUUGUGCCGAACACAAUAGGACGCAUUUUAGAAGUGGUAAGCGUGCCACAGUACGAGUCACAAACGAGGUCGGCUGUGCAGGUGUUCAUAUUCUGGGAUCAUCUACUGACCGUCACGAUCAGAUAGGGCUUUUUACAAGACACGAAUAAUUGUCGGAUUGUGAAGACUGUUUCAUGUAACAUCUGGGCUGUUCCAUUUCACCACUCAUUUGUGAAGUCAAAUGGACUGCUCCAAUUAACUGAGUAAGGAGACAGUACCUUGAUUUACUGCAGUUGACUGUUUUGACAAGACUUACAUGCAUGGCUAUGCGACAAAUCAAGCGGAACAGCCAGAUGUCAUCUUUAAACAACAGGGCGGGACCGCCCCUGGUGUCCAAUAAGCCGGGGGAACCAAUGGCGCUCUUUGCCGUACCGUUGCCAAGUUCCUGUAGGAGUGAUUUCUUGUGCCUCUGUAAACGCCUCUUCUGGAAUGUCGGAACAUCUUACUUCUCAGCUUUCUGUCCUCUGACAGUUGGAGAAACCAGACUUCUUCCUCACUCUUCAGCAGUCGUCCAACUUGUCUCAGUGACGCCGGCUGUGUCGACAGGUCAGGAAGGUAAACAGGCGACACAAGAUCUACUGGCGUACACCUCGUCGGGUGACAUUGUUGGUAUUCCCUAUGUUUCCAUCUCCAGGGAUCAUCAUCCAAGGGGAAAACUUGCCAAAGGUUUCCCUUUCGGCGAUCUGACCACAUCUGCUUGGGUUCCCGCCAUCAACGCCCCAUAUGUUGGCGGCACAACAGGCAUACCAUCUAAACAGGACGUAUUCAUCAUACGUAAUGAUCAGGAAACGAGGAAGUCGUUGUUGAAGGGGGAUAAUGUUGUCUUUUCUCAACCGGACAGUAAAAAGUGUGACACAUCAGCUGCCAAAGAGACCUUACCAGUACAGGAUUUGCAGGGAUCACCUGAUCACGAGGUUCCUCAGACAAACAACUCCCCACAAAAGGAGAAUGACCGAUCGUCUAAGAUGUCCCCAGCUUCCAGUUCCUUAUACAAAUUGUAUACCUCAAACAGAAGAGAUCAGGAGACCACAAUUUCAACUUCUCCCAAAGGUAAUCAAAAGGACUCUCUUGUCAAAGAAUCAUUCGAAUCGCCUACAACGCCAGAGAAAUGCACCAAAUACCCGUCAAUGGUUUUGCCACAGAUUGAUGCCGUGUUCUCAUUAGCAGGUUCCACUUCAGACAAUGAAAGCUUAUCAAAGAGAAUUGCAGAUACUCUAGCAAAAAGAAAUACUUCAUUGCUGCAAAAUCAAGAGAUCAACACGUCAUUGCCAAUAGGUUCGUGUAUUACUGGACACGAUUCAUCGACGCAGCAAGGUUGUGGUAAUCCCGUUAAGGAUUCCUUGUCUGACCCCUUGUCACCUAACCCAGCGACCCCAGCAUCUCAGUUGGCAUUGUCUCCUUCGAGUACAUCUCUUGGAUCAUCAAUACCACCCCAAGCAAGCGGUGGUUUGUCUUUGAAGCCUCUGCAAACGUGUUCAUUGGAAUCGGUGAGACAACCUGGUCAACGGCCGGAAACGCAGACUGUUGAUCCUCUGAUCCCCAGUCCUCCAGUGAAGGCCAGCCUUACAGCACAAGCACAGCCGCCCUUCACGAAGUCGGCUAAGGAGUCAGUAGAAAUCACAACACGUAAUUCCACAAGCCAACUCAGUCAAGGCCAGGCAAAUCUAAGGAGGUCACACAAGAAGCUGUCCGGCUUUACCGUUAGGGAAAUUCUGAUGAGUCGUCGACUGACGACACCAUCGCAACUUGUAACCUCGGCCAACGCACCGGCGGGCAUUGGGACUCCAGCUCCCAUCAUAGUUCCUCUUAAUGGAAGUUCUGCAGCAGUAAACUUGCAAAGUUGCUCCGUUUUUCAAAAUAAUCCAGAUGUACCCGACAGGAUGUCAGGUCUUAACACCACAAGGCUUGCUUCUGUAAGUGAAAGCAGUUGUGGUUGUGCAGAAAGUAAACAAACCGAAGUACCCUCUUUGAAGAUGGUUAUUAAAACCGAACGAGACUGUGACAAUAACUUACGAACAACUUGUCAUCCGGUGGGAAGCAAGCUUUUUGAUCGUGACAAAAUUCUGUCUCUGAAAAUUCCAAAAAUUGACAUCAGUGGUUACGACUUUGUUGACCCGGCGUUGAUCAUGGAGGAUAGAAGUGAUGUCAUAUCGAGGAAGAAUGCGAUACAGGAAAGCAGCUUUUUCGGUGACACAGCAACCCUCGAGGGUAGCAACAAACAUGGUGAAUUGCAGUCAGAAAGGAAACUUUACGAACACAUCCAAGUUACGAGAGCACUGAAGGACAAAAUGGACACAAACAUCUUUCCAACCACUCAGAUUGCCUCUCUAAACAGGGGCAGCUACCAAACUAAUAAACAUAAAAGAAGACGAUCAAGGUUUCGAUUGAGUCUGUCGAAAAAGGGCAAAUCGAAGCUUAGCCAUGACCAAUCAAAAUUGCACAGUGCUGCCUGGGUAGGAAAAAGGAAUACUGCAUGGCUGGAUGGCCGAGAACGCCUUUCUGAUUGCCAAAACAGAUUAUCUGAAAGAAGUAAACGCCCAAGACUGGCAAACUCGAAUGGAUAUGAUGCCAGUUUUUCUGGCAGUUUCUUCCAGUCUUUCGCGCAAGAGUCAUUAAAACUAUGCGAAUCGGUAGAAGACACUCAGAAUAACGCUGUUGAGUCGGGAAGAGGUUCAGGGAAAAGUACCCCCCGUGUCGCUCAUACAGAGCAUGAAACUCUAGAAGAUCCGUGGAGCGACGCUUCAAGUUCCACUGGGAGUGAAUGGGAAUGUCCGGAUAAAAGCUCUGUUGCUGAUGUCGACAGCGACUGGGAUUCCAGUUUGGAAGACGAAGUCACAAGCUCGCCUGUUAAAUGUGUACAACCAAUCAAGAUGACACCUUUUGGGGAUUUUCAACAUAUGGUGCUAAAGGACAGGUUGAGGUUGCUCGAACAGAGUUUAAAGGAGCAUCAAACCGUCCUCAAUUCGAUGAAAAGGCCGCUAGAAAGUGAACAGCGAGUCUUUGCAGCGGACAAUAACCUCUGAGAUAACCCAAAACAGACCAAACUAGUGUUAUGAAGCGAAUUAUUGUACAAUUUGAAUCUGUACCAGGAAUGUUAAAGUGAAACUACACGGUUAAUUAUUUUUUUGCGUUUUAACUACAUUUACAUGUACAUUGUAUAGGCCUAUAGCUUAUUUUUAUGCUUGAAUUUUCUUCCUUGCAUUGUUCAAUCUUGCAGUGCUGUUUAAACGAACCGCGCACAUUUCAUUCAGAGUUCAUCGGUAAGUUCAGGAUUAAUGACUGCACUUUGAGAUACCUAACACUCUUUGUAAGGCCAUAUUGUUGGCGUGAUGGUGUCAGAUGGAAUGGACAGUGUGAAUUGUGCCAUGUGCUUAUUUUGUAAUUCACACUCCAAAAGACGUGCAGUUAAUGCUUGUGAGAAUGAUAUCUACACGAAAAAGUGUCCACUUUGUGAAUUGUACUCUUCGGAACUAGUUUUGUACAGCUUAUGCUCCUCUUCAUUGUAAAAAAACUCUUUUUGGUUACUGUUAUGUGAAAUCACCAUUUUGUUUGAUGAAAUUAUUCGUGAGAAUUAAAGCUUUGGUCACAGACUUACUGUCUUGAACUGGAACAACAAAUCUCCAACCUUAAAUUUCCAUCACGAAAAUAAGAAUAAUUCAGGCAAAUGUAAGUGCAGAAAUUGUUGCUACAGAGAGGAAUGUACUUUAGAUGACGUCACACUUUUUCAUAUAAAUAUGCAAAUUGGCAUUAGCAUAUAAAUUUAAAAAUCAUGAAAGUGCCAUUAUUAUUGCACACAAGAUUGAAAAUCAAGUUAGUUAAAUGGGACACCGGAGCAUAUGCAAGAACUGCAUUUAAGAUUAAAGAUUAAAGGGCCUUUAAUUUCAAGGCUUGACAUCCAAGAAUUAGCAUGUUUUACAUCUGAUUAACCGAUACAACUCUUUUAUCUGGAAGAAAAGUAUGCCAUUAUCAUGUCAAAGGCCCAGCCUUUCAUUCAACAAACAACUUGUCUCAAACAUGCACAUGGUAUGUAUUUGUGUCAGAAUGCUCGAAAAAAUCAUACGAGUAUUUACAUGGCGAGUUAAUCAAGGCCAGAGCGCCUACAUCUAAGAAAAAGGCGCACUCGUUCGCCCAGGAACAAUUUUGAAAAAGCAAAUCCUUCACUAAUGGUAGAAUUUUCUGUUUAAAGGUAUUAAAGGCUUUACAUAUUGAGCACUGCAAAAGGAUUUGUAAAGAGAUGUGUUAAUAAUUGAAAUUAAAUCAAAUACACAAAAUUUAGUUAGUUUAAAGCAGGACUUGAAUAACACUUUUAUACACAGUGCGAUGUUUUUAUACAAUGCUUUUGUACUUAGUAAUUGUGUAAAGCCAGUCAGGAAAAAGGAAAGUGCAACGUCAGGGUACGUAGCGCAGUUCCAUUGCCUGCUUCUCUUAACUGUAUAUUAUAGCAGUGUAAAUCCGUUUAAAGCACUGUAAAAAUACCUGCAAUUAACUCUGGUUGAAAGGCACCUUGAUUGAUGACGUUUGGGGAAGAAACGAGUCUGGUUAAGAUGUUUAGACCUCUUGGCGAGUUUGACUUGGUCUUCGGCUACAUUGGUGCUAUCCAAAAGGUUUUGAUAAUACGUGCAGGUAAUAUUCUCAGAAAUUAAUACUAGAAUAAUACAUCAAAAGUGGUCUUCCUUAAAUUUUGGCUCAUUAAAAUGAAACCAAACAGAAACGCCGUGCUUGUAA